CCCACGCGCUCCCCGGAAGACAACGGCUACUCCUAAGACGACAUACUACAGCAGCAACACUGAAGAAGACCACCAUGAAGAACUCCUCGAUAAGCCUGCUGCUGGCCGCCGCCGCCGCGACCUCCGCCCUGGCCUCCUCGGAGCCGCGCUUCGAGCACGCCCCUCCCGACCCGUUUAACGGCCGCGGAGGUGGCCACCACGACCACGACAGCCAUGACCGCGUGCAGCACCACCACCCCCGCCACGCCGCGGGCAACGAGCAAACGCACCAGAUGCUCAAGGAGCACGUGCUCCGCGGCGCCGAGGGCCCGGCCAUCGCCACCGCUGGCGGCGGUAGUGGCGUCGGGUUGAAGGCCGACGGGGACGCCGAGCUGCUGCACCCCCUGGCGCACUACCUGCUGGGCUUCUUUGAGUGGACGUACAAGUACGGGCGGUCGUGGGGGAGCGUGCACGAGGCGUUCCACGCCCUUCAGAACUACGCCCGCGCGGACGACAAGAUCGCUCUCCACAACCACAAAGACGCCGGGUACACCAUCGCCCACAACGCCUACUCCCACAUGUCGUGGCAGGAGUUCCGCGAGCACUUCUCCAUCGGCAAGGACAUGGUGGUGCCCCCCGACCAACUCCCGGCAGAGUUCGCCCUCCGGCCACGAGGGGAGAAGGCCCCCAAGGAUCUUCUCAGGGGAGCACCCAUCCCCGACGAGGUGGACUGGGUUGCUAAGGGCGCCGUGACCCCCGUGAAGAACCAAGGGUCGUGCGGCAGCUGCUGGUCGUUCUCUACGACUGGGUCCAUGGAAGGGGCUCACUUUAUCAAGUACGGCAACCUUGCCGUGUUGAGCGAACAGGAACUAGUGGACUGUGACACGUACGACAUGGGCUGCAACGGUGGUUUGAUGGACUACUCCUUCCACUGGAUCCAGCAGAACGGCGGUAUCUGCAGCGAGGAGGACUACCCGUACACCGCUGAGGGUGACCUCUGCAAGAAGUCGACCUGCGAUGUCGUGGAGGGGACGAUGGUUGACAGGUGGAUUGACGUGGAAACCGACGACGAGCAGGCUCUUAUGGAGGCGGUCGCCCAGCAGCCAGUGUCCAUCGCCAUCGAGGCUGACCAGAUGAGCUUCCAGUUGUACUCGGGUGGCGUGCUCACCGCCGCGUGCGGAACCAACCUCGACCACGGGGUGUUGCUCGUCGGGUACGGCGUGUCCGAGGACGGGGUCAAGUACUGGAAGGUCAAGAACUCUUGGGGCCCCGAGUGGGGUGCGGAGGGAUACAUCCUGCUCAAGCGCGAGGCCGACCAGGAGGGUGGAGAGUGCGGCAUCCUGGAGCAGGCGUCGUACCCGGUGUUGGCCUAAGCGCGACCCAACCCGGCUUGUGCAGGGCGCACCAAGAAAGCAGGAGCUUGUCUUCGUAAGAUUAAGCAGGAAGGAGCGUACAAAGAUGGAAGAACGGGUUGGAUCAAUCUGUGGAGUUGCUAGGGGAAUUAAGGGGGGGGGGGGG